GAGCCACAUCAAUUUUUGUGGCUCCGGCUCCGGCUCCGGCUCCGGGCAAAAUGGUGUGGCUCCUUGUGGCUCCGGCUCCGGCUCCGGCUCCGGCUAGGUCUAUUUUUCACCAAGUUAAAGAGUAACUUAUAGCGCAUUUUAACGGUUUUGAGCAAGCAAAAACAGCCUUUUCUUUUCUCAUCGAAUGUAUUUUGUAUUAACCAACACAUCUUUACAGAAAAAUGGAACCAUGUUGCCCAAAAUCGCUAAAACAUGGGAAAGACGUAAAAGUGAGUCAUUGGCUUUCACAGCAACUCAGAACUUUUCACAUCAUGCAUCUCUCACUGCAAGCACUCGCGUUUUACUCAUUGGAACGUAUGAGGAGCAUUGCCUCCACGAUGUCUUCCUUCAUCCGGGAUCUAAGGUCCGUUAGCAGAAGUUUCAUGGCCGAGAACAGCCGUUCGACUGACACUUGUGUCGUGGGUAGAGCGGCCAGGGCGAGGCUGGUCGUCUGAACGGCCGCUGGGUACUUGCCGAUGAUGCUCCAGACGUCUUUUCCCUUCAGUCGUCCGAGAUUCUUCAUCUCAUGCACUGCAUCCGUCACCGAAGAGGGUGUUUGCAUCACUGCAUGACGCCCGCGUUCGAGCCGGUCCAACUCCUGUUCAAAUGGGUCGUCUUCUUGCUCGGAGCUCGCGCUGCUCAGCUGAUGCUCUGCUGCAGUAGAAGCUCCAGAGUUCUCUAUGUGAUGAACCCUGUGAGCGAUCUUGAUGAAGGCAUCUUCGGCACGUUGCAGUCUCUCGCCUAGUAGGAUCCUGUACCGGGCGUCGGCGAAGACGGCAGCCAACACGGCAUCCGACUCGAGCAGUGUCUCUUCCCGCCCUCGCAUGGAGGAGGCGAUAGCGGCGCCGAUGCCCCCGUUCUUCUCCAGUCCGUCCCGCAGCUUCAGCCACUCUUUGAGAAACGUCCCUGGUGUGAGCUCACUGCUCUGUAACCGAAUGGUCACGAUGUAUGGGUCCUUGAGGACGUCAGCAAGUUGUUGGAUUCGCUGCCAUUUUUCGUCCGACAGGUGCAAGUCCGGCGCGACAGCAGCAUAAUCUUGCACCACCUCCCGGAGUUCCAGCAGGCGGUUCACCAUGGCGUAGCUGCUGCCCCACCUUGUUGGCACGUCGAUGAUCGGGAGCAGAUGACCUUUCUUUUUCAGAGAUGCCACCAUGUUCGGCGCCCUGAGCUUCUUCACGACGCUUCGGGCAUGCUCCAACACCGCAUGUGCACCUCGUUGCUUCAAUCCGUCGCGUACAGCCAGCUGUAGGGUGUGAACACCACAUCGCGUCAUGUGGACAUUGGUGUUUGCGCCAGCUGCUGGGCGCGAGCCUGUGGACGUGUCGAAGUGAUCCACAAUCAGGUCGCGGAGUGUUUCGUCAUCACCAACCUCGUCCUCUUCUUGAUCUCCCUGAUCAUCCGCACUUCCCUCCUCUAGCAAUUCACUGCUCCUCUCUUCAUCACUCUGGUUCAAUAGCUCUACGGUUUUCACCAUCGCCCUGGCAUUGUCCGUGACCACAGCAAGCACUUGAUCUUUGUUGAGCUCGUACCUCUCCAGCGCUUUCUUGAGCAGCUCCAGCGUUUCCUUCGCAGUGUGCUUGCCGGCACAGUCCGUGACAGCUAGUGUCUUGAUUGUCGGCUUCCCGUCGUGAAAAAACUGGGCGUUGAUAGCCAGGUAACUGGAGCCAAGCCGGGUUGCUCCGUCCAUCUUCAAGUACACAGGUUUGUUCCUCAUGAUGCUGAUGAGGCCAGACUCCAGUUGCCGAGCCCGAUUGAUCACCAUCUCGCGAACGGCGUUCCUGUCCAGGCUGACGUGCAGCUGCCUCGCGAUGGACCCGGCGAUGGCACCGAAGCCGGCCGAGGACGAGAAGAAGGAGAGCGGCAAGGAGUCCUUUACCACCAUGCUCACAAGUCCGUCGGUGAACUUGCGUAAGGCGGAAUGGAAUGAUUCGAGUUUCGGAGGUCGGAGCCACAGGAGCCACAAAGUCAGAGUGGCUCCGGCUCCGGCUCCGGCUCCGGGCAAAUCGUGUGGCUCCGAGUGGCUCCGGCUCCGGCUCCGGCUCCGGCUCCGGCUCCACACCCCUGGAUUAAACGGUUCAUUAUUAUUUCCGAUAGUCAUGAACGCAGCAUCGGUGUAUAACAUGAAUGUACUUGCAUUGAAGUAUUCUUAAAGUGGGACCAAAAAUGCUUAUGUUUCCUAAUGUAAACAAAAACGAUAUGAAAUCAAAUUCCUGUUUGACUCAUUAAACGGUUUUAUUAUUUCCGAUAGUCAUGAACGCAGCAUCGGUGUAUAACAUGAAUGUACUUGCAUUGAACUAUUUCCUUGUUUGUGUGUGGGACCAAAAAUGCUUAUGUUUCCUAAUGUAAACAAAAACGAUAUGAAAUCAAGUUCCUGUUUGACCGAUUAAACGGUUUUAUUAUUUCCGAUAGUCACGAACGCAGCAUCGGUGACAUCAUCAUCAUCUUCAUCGUCUGCCGAGCACCACCAUUGUGUGUUCUGCCUUUCAUUAUCCAAGUCCCCAAUUAACGCUGCGCCAUCAUGGACCAGGACCAGACUGGCAUGGAGCUCCGAGGUGACGCCAACAAAGAAGAUUCGCCGAGCCAAGCCGAACCUCAGUGCCCGGCAGCGGAGGCUGAUGCGACGGAGGCCGAUGUGAGCGAAGUGGUUCUGGACCAGGACCAGGAGAAGCAGCCCAUGACCGGAGGAGGAGAUGCUGCUCUUGCUGCCCAGGAGGAGAAGAACGGCUUCGUCAAGGUGAAGAUGGAGGAGGAGGAGGAGAAGUUCACUGGUCUGAACAAGGAGGAGCUGCUGCGAGUGGCGGGAACACCAGGGUGGGUGCGCACGCGCUGGGCGUUGCUGGUUCUCUUCUGGCUGGGCUGGUUGGGCAUGCUGGGCUGCGCCGUGCUCAUCGUCCUGCAGGCGCCGCGCUGCAGGGACCUGCCUGACACCUACUGGUGGAACCAGGGACCGCUCUACCAGAUCGGACGCAUCCGGUCCUUCACGGACGCGGGAAACCUCAAAGGUGUGCAGCACAAAGUGGAUGCCCUGUCUAAGCUCAAGGUCAAAGGUCUCGUGAUCGGGCCCGUUCACGUGGCGCCACCGGACGACGCCAUGAGUCUGAGCUUCGAGGAGGUUUCGCCCGAGGUCGGCAGCUUGGAGCAGUUCAAAGACUUGCUGCAUGCCACGCACAGGAAGGGCAUGAUGCUGGUCCUGGACCUCACACCAAACUACCGUGGUUCCACCGGAGCCUGGUUCUCCAAAAUCAGCGUGACUGUAGUUGCUGAGAAGCUGAAGUCUGCGUUGGUCUUCUGGUUCAACCAAGGCGUGGACGGCGUGCAGCUGUCUGAGGUGGAGCAUGUGGCCGCCAUGGUUCCGUCCCUGUGGGCCGACAUUCGGGCCAUCGUCCAAAACGGGACCAACGAGCGUCCCACUAAGAGGGUUCUGAUGGGCGUCACGGAGCACCGCUCGGCCGACAACGUCUCCGAUCUCUUGUCCUCCACCGGGGUGGACCUCCUGACUUCCAAUGUCCUCCUGCCCGCAGACACGGCCGAGUACACUCAGUCCAUUUGGCGCUUAUAUUCGGCCCACAAUCAGACCCAGUUGGCGUGGAAUGUCGGGGGGCGGAGUCAAGGUCACCUGGCCUCGCUGGGCGGCCCGGCGCUGGUACGACUUUACCAGCUCUUCCUCUUUACGCUGCCCGGGACACCGGUGGUCAACUAUGGGGAUGAGAUCGGCCUAAUGGACGGGGACACCAAGUUUCCCAAAAUGCUUUGGGGCUCAGAGGAGGAUCUUAACGGGACACUGGAGGAGGACCGUGAGCGCCGCGCAUCGUGCCGCGGUUUCUUCCAAACUCUCAGUGAGCUGCGUGGGAAAGAGCGCUCCCUGCUGUUCGGAGACUUUGUGCCACUCUUCAACUCGUCCUCCUCGCUGGCGUUCAUGCGCGUCUGGGAUCAGAGCACACGCUACAUCGCCGCCAUCAACUGGGGCGACCAGGAUGCCAAGCUGGAGUUGAUCCACAAGACCCUGCCCCCGCUGGCCGAAGUGGUCCUCGCCACCAACGCGUCAGUGGACACCCACGUGGACCCGGCCGGGCUUCAGCUGGGCGCCAGAGAGGCUGUGCUCCUCAAGUUUCCUUACACCGCUUAGAACCUCAACGCCUCGAACGUGACGUCGCUUUUAGUGUGCUAGCUGUGUGCUAAUUACUGUGAAACUAAUCACAAUAAAUAACUGUGAGCUGCCGUU